ACAAAAUUCUAUGAAAAAAGCAAAUAAAUAAAAUAGCACCAUAAAAUGAGAUUUGUUAAGUAUCCUUGUGGAAUAAUAUGCUUAAUAAUCACAUACAUUAUGGUGAUCUAUGCAUACUAUGUAGUUAUGAGAUGGAUUAUAUUACAAACAAUGCAAGCUAAUAUAUGGGCUCCCUUGCAUGUGGUUUCCUUUAAUACGGUAGUCUUCCUAUUGGCAAUGUCUCACCUGAAAGCGGAACUGUCCGAUCCCGGUUGUGUACCCUUACCAGCAAAUCGUUUGGAUUUUUCAGACAUGCAUACUGUAGGGAAAAGUACUGGUAAUGGAAAUAGUAGUAACGAAUGGACAGUGUGCACACGUUGUGAAACUUAUAGACCGCCUAGAGCACAUCAUUGUCGGAUUUGUAAGCGUUGCAUACGACGAAUGGAUCACCAUUGUCCUUGGAUAAAUAACUGUGUAGGAGAACGUAAUCAAAAGUAUUUUCUACAAUUCCUUGUCUACGUAG